CCACUUCCUGUCCGUUCGAGUGUUGCCCUAAACUUCCGUUUAGCUGGUGCAACGUCGAGCUCACUUAGUUGAAGAGAAAAAACGCAUUAUUGUUUUUAUCCAGAUUCAUAUCGUCGACCAGGCAAUCAUGUCUAGUCGCGAAGCCCUCAACAUGAAGCUUCCUCCGAUCCAGUCCACGGCCGGAGCCGUGCCGAUCCGGAACGAGAAAGGUGAGCUCUCCAUGGAGAAAGUGAAAGUGAAGAGGUAUGUGUCGGGUAAACGUCCAGACUACGCGCCGAUGGAGUCGUCAGAUGAGGAAGAAGAGGACUUCCAGUUUGUGAAGAAGGGAAAGGAAAUGGAGCCAGAGGUGGAGCUGGAGGAGGAGGAGGAGGUUUCUGACCCACGUUUGAAACGUUUGCUCAACCGUGCCUCUGAGGACGUGGAGGAGAGGCUGGCGAGACACCGACAAAUCGCAGAGCCCGAAGUUGUGGCGGAAAGCAGCGAGGACUCUGAUGAAGGCACGUGGCACCCAGAGCGUGAGGAGAGCAGUGAGGAGGAAGAGGAGGAGGAAGAAGAAGAAGUGGAUGAUGAGGAAAUCGAGAGGAGACGAGCGAUGAUGCGUCAGCGAGCCACUGAGAGGAAGAAUGAGGAGAUGGAGGUGAUGGAGGUGGAGGAGGAAGGAAAGUCUGGAGAGGAGUCAGAGUCCGAGUCUGAAUAUGAAGAGUAUACAGACAGCGAGGAUGAAGCCGAGCCGCGACUCAAACCCGUCUUCAUCCGCAAGAAGGACAGAGUAACGGUGGCGGAGCGUGAAGCAGAAGAGCAGAGACAGAGAGAGCUGGAGGCCGAAGCCAAGAGGCAGGCGGAGGAGCGACGGCGCUACACCCUCAAGAUUGUGGAGGAAGAAGCUAAGAAGGAGUUUGAGGAGAACCGGCGCACUCUGGCUGCUCUGGACGCUCUGGACACCGAUGGAGAGAACGAGGAGGAAGAAUACGAAGCCUGGAAGGUCAGAGAGCUGAAACGCAUCAAGAGGGACCGAGAGGCCCGAGAAGUCAUGGAGAAGGAGAAGGCCGAAAUUGACAGAUUCCACAACCUGACGGAAGAGGAGCGCAGAGCUGAGCUCCGCAACAGCGGCAAGCUGGUCACCAACAAAGCCUCCAAAGGCAAAUACAAGUUCCUCCAGAAGUACUACCACAGAGGAGCCUUCUUCAUGGAUGAAGAGGAGGAUGUGUACAAGAGAGACUUCAGUGCACCAACUCUGGAGGAUCAUUUCAAUAAAACCAUCUUACCCAAAGUCAUGCAGGUCAAAAACUUUGGUCGGUCUGGACGCACCAAGUACACCCAUCUGGUGGAUCAGGACACCACGUCGUUCGACUCGGCCUGGGCCCAGGAGAGCGCUCAGAACAGCAAGUUCUUCAAGCAGAAGGCGGCAGGCGUGAGGGACGUGUUUGACCGACCCACAGUGAAGAAGAGGAAGACUUAAGAUGGGCACAAAACGAAAAGGACAUCACCAGGCAGAGUGCAGCCGCAGAGACUGAACAGAGACCGAGCUGCAUCCUGCUGAGUCCAGAGAUGCCAGUUGUCUUUUCUGUGGAAGGAAAUCAGCAGAUUGACUGAUUCCACCACUUCUAUGAUGUGUUUAUCCACCAGGAAGCUGCAGCAUCGGUGUUGGUAACUCCCAAGUUUACUUUACUUCGUCUAAGUGAGGUUGUAUGAGGUACUUAUUCAUAGACAGUAAAUUAUUACUGUGACAUAAAAAAAAAAUCCAUAUAUUGAAGUGUAUUCUCUAUUUAGAAUAUUCUUGUUUUCCCUUGCUGUCAGAAAGCCCUCUCCUUCAGCUGAACUUACACAUGUGAGGAACUACAUGCCCUCCAGUGUUCUACAGCACUAAUACAGAUACACCUGUCCACAUUAAUAUAGUAGUUUUAUGGUUGUGAAAAUGUAGUACCAAAGGGAAGAGCUAUCUGACAGCAAGGGAGAAUACACUAACUAUAGCGCACACUUAAAAUACUGACUUUUCAGGUAGGUAAAAUACAUCAGAUAAGAUGCUGACGAUGGUAAGUACCUCAUACAACCCAACCUUAAAAAACAAACCAUCCUUUUAAGAUGUCACAACCUCAAGAUUUUUCAAUCCCCGGACAACACCCAGAUUCUCCCUUCAGUUUAAAGCAGGGGCUUGUAAAUAAUCCGCUUGUAAUGAUAUUUAGUAGCAGAAUCACCCAGUUUUGUGAAAAUACAGGUGUUGUAACUUGAUUUGUUGGAAUAAAAGUUGUCUGGAUAUUUUUUUUAAACAAAAGGACAAGAAAGUGGCAGGCAAACUGUUGACUUUUAUUUUAAAAAAAGAAAAAAAUAAACAGUUGACAGCA